AUGACUACCACCACCAAUCGUGUUGCUGUGUUACCCAGACCUAUUCGUCGAGUUCUACAAAAUUUUCUGUUGGUAUGGCUUGAUGCCAAUUUUGAUGAAUCUAAUGAAGAUUUCAAAAACUCGAUACAACAUCUACGACGCAUUGUUGCAUCGAUCACAACAUUUACGGAUGCUGAAGAAUGUGUUGAUUACCUUAGUAAGAUUGAACAGGAAAAGGUAUUUAUGAUUGUAUCUGGCUCCUUGGGUCGACAAGUUAUACCAGAAAUUGAAACAUGGCCACAACUAGAAUCAGUAUAUGUGUUUUGUGGCGACCAAUUGGUUCAUGAACAAUGGGCUAGCAAAAUACACAAGGUAAAGGGUGUGUACACAAAAAUUGAACCGAUUUGUGAAGCAUUGCAAAUCGACCGUAAAAACUGUGAUCGAGCGAUGAUCUCAAUGAAUUUUAAUGGUAUUGAUCCAUUAUUUAUGUAUACGCGACUGUUAAAAGAAGCACUUUUGAAUAUGGAAGAUGAUGAUACAAACUCGAUUAAGGAACUGACUGAAUAUUGUGAUCAACAAGGUGAUAUUGAUAAAGGCGAAAUUAAGAAGAUCGAGCGUGAGUAUCGUGACCACCAGGCAUCGUAG